ACCAUUAGUAUAGUUUGACUUAUUUCUGAAUCAGAUAAUGUUUUCUAAAUAUUUAAAGGCCAUUCAAAAAAUCAUGACAUAUGUCAUAUGAUUAGAGAAACCGCAAUAUUAUUAGAGCACCUUUUCAAAGUAAAACGUUUCUUCUAUCAUCAUGGUUAUGUACAAGUGUGUUCUCGGAUUUCUGCUAUUGCUGAUUGCACCCGGAGAGCAAUGGAACCAAAUGGAACUAGUUCGUGAUACAUGCUGGUGCUAGGAGGAUUAUUGUGCGAACGAAGUGUUUUAAAAAGUGAUUUAACGUAGAUGAUACUAAUAAUUUUCUUGUCCGUGGAAAAUAUUUUUUCAAUAUAGUGUGCGAGAGACUGGAGUUCCUGUUUUCAAAUUAUUUCAAAGAAGUGUAAUUCAUGUAUUAACAAAAUGGAGCAGAACUGCCCUGUAACGUCUACUGUAUCGAACCCAGUCGAAAGUCCUAAACCUCCUCCUUCAAGCUGUGGAAGUGCAAGUUCUCCAAAAGUUGAUCGAGAAUCACCGGAACCCAAUUGCGCCAUUUGCCUCGGUAAAACAGAAAAUAAGUCCUUUACAGACAGUUGUCUGCAUCAGUUUUGCUUCAAUUGCCUGUUGAAAUGGUCCAAGGUGAAAGCAGAAUGCCCGCUUUGCAAACAGAGUUUUAAGUCUAUCAUUCAUAAUGUUAGAUCGAAUGAAGAGUAUGAAGAAUAUCAUGUUGAAGUAGGAAGAGAGCCACCACAAUAUUGGCAGGAGGUGGAGUCAAAUGUAGUACAUUUUCGUUACAGCACUACACUUACUCCAGAGCGCCAACGUGAACGUUUUCUGAAUUCUAUUGUUGGAGUUGGACCAUUUUUCUUUGGACAUGAUGCCAUUCCUAACCAGAGAGUAAACCGAAGAACCAACAAUAGGCGCAGAUAUGCUGGUACUGGUGAUUUCAGAGCAGCUGUGUACAGAGAUAAUUUAUGGGUGAACCAGCUGCCGGAUGUAACUGGCCGUUAUAGAGAUUGCACUCCUGAAUUUUACAGGGAAAUUCAAAUUAAAGAAAACAUUGAGAUGGCAUCAAAUAAAUACACACGUGCAAGUUGCUCCAAACAAGUUAGAGAAAAUUCAGGAAGUUUGAGUUGUAAUAACUGUAAAAACUGGUUUCACAAAAAAUGUAGCAACUUGAGUAAUGAACAAUUAAAAAAAGUUCUUGCUGAAAUAAAAAAAAACCGUGUCAUUGAAGGGAAACAUAACAUCUGCAGAAUUAUUAACAACGAUAUUGAACAAAUAUUUGUCAAGAAAGAUGUUAAUUUCAAAAUUAUCUUCAUGAGCAACCUGGAUAUUUCAAUUAUGAAAAACCUGAUUAAGUCAGGUUUUAGAAUUCAAAACUGUAUCUCUAGAAUAGCCUUUAAUCCAUUAACUGUUCAGAAAGGAAUUUUCUUACUGAAUCCAGCUCAGGCUCAUCGUUUGGUGCCAUGGCUCAAUCGAGAAUUGAAUGUUCUACGUGUCCCUAGUUCACAUUUAAUGAUGGUGGUGGAUCUUAUCUUGAAUCUACUCACUCAGCACCCCAUUAACAGUGUAGAAUUUGAGAGUCGACUUUCCCCACAUAUUGGGGCAAACACACACCACUUUCUUCACGAGUUUUAUGCCUUUGCAAGGUCACCUUAUGACAUGGUUGGUUUUGAUCAGUCAGCCGAUUACCAACAUCGUCCAUCUUUUGCCACAGAAGUACAAGCCAUUGAUUCCGACAGUAGUGACAGUGACAUGAUUGUGCUAUCUCCUUCAGUAAACAAUCCAGUCACGUUGUUUCCUCCACGACCUCCAACUCCGGGACCCAAUGCUGCUGAACCAUUUCCAGUUAUUCAAGGUUUAAAUGAUAUUCAACCUUUGAACUUGUCAGCCAGUUCAUCUCGCCCACCUCAAAGAUUGUCACCAAUUGCUGGGCCAUCUAGUGUAGUAGAUGAAGACUUUAUAUUAAUGAUCACACGUGAAUUGCAAAAUCCUACCUACUCACAUCUUGACAGAGUUAACACCGUAAGGUCUUAUCCACCUUUGCCUGGAAGCAGUCGUGAAAUCCCAUGUCAGACUGUGGACAGUGACUCUGAUGACUGUGUAAUUGUAGGAUACGUAAAACCUCGACACGAAAGAACACCAGAAAUAAUUACUUUGAAUUCUGAUGUGGAGACAGCAGAUGAAGUUGAGAGAGGAUCUGAAUCUGUGGAUGACAGCUUAAAAUAUUUGCUAUCAUCAUCAUCAUCAUCAUCAUCAUUAUCAAAAACAUCAGAUACCUCUGAUUCAGAGUAUGUUCCACAUCCAUCAACCCAUAAAAAGGUCACUCCAAAGCGCAAGAAACCUCGCAAACCUCAUAGCUCAUCUGAUGAAGGUGAUUCUGCAGAAGUAAGGAGGCGGCGAAUCCCUAGUUCAGAUUCGGAUUCAGAAUCUGAGAGUGCUAAACACAGAAGGAAUAAAUCAAAGGGAAAGCGUAAAAGAAUAGUCUCACCUCGUGAGUCUUCCGAUGAUAGCAAAAUUGACAGGAUUCGAUCUAAGAACAGAAAAUCUCGUAAAGAAGUAUGGCGUAUUGUGCGAAAACAGGAACCUGAAACAGAUCAUGAUUAUUCACUUGACUGUUAUGAUCCUCCAUACACAGAAGAUGAAUGGGCAUCGCUGUCAUCUGAUCGACCUAAGUUAAGAAGUAUUGUCAUCACUAAAUCUGCGGGAUCUAGUGGCCAGAGAGAAGCAUCUUAUUCAUCAGUUGCAUCUUCUUCACGUAGUUCAUCACAUUACCACGACUGCAAGCAUCACAGACAUAAAUCGCACAAGCGCGACAUCAGGAAGCGAAAGGACAAGCGGAGAUCUGAAAGUUCAUCUCCUGUCAGACUUACUAAAGGGAAAAAGUCAAAGAGAAAACGGUCAUAUAGGAACGAUGAUUCAAGCUCGUGAAGACAAUAAAAAAAUGCCUGAUUUAAUUAUUAGGUCCUCCACAUGCUUGAUCCUCUCUGUACUGUACGAUUUGAUUUUUGAUAACCAGAUUCUAGAAAUGUAUUUUCCUAAUAGAGAUACAAAAAACUAUUCAAGAUUAAUUUUAUCCAGUGCGUUAUGAAUUUGAAUAUGAAUACCAAACAAGCAGUGAAAAUACAUU